AACCAAUAUGGAGGUGGAGUGUAGACCAGAUAACUCUAUAAGGAAUGGUCACUAUAGCAACAGACUGCUUGACAGUGCGAUUUACACGUACAGAAACGCCAAACACCUGCCGUCAGCUUUAAUGUCUUUUUCUCCGCGUUCAGCAUCAUCGUCGUCCUCAUCAUCGUCAUCGUCGACGUUGUCAUCAUUAUCCUCUUCCUCCUCACCCUCCACCUCCUCACCCUCCACCUCCUCACCCUCCUCCUCAUCAUCAUCGUCAUCAUCAUCGUCUGCAGUAUUCUCAUCAACCGCCACAUCAUCAUCUCCAAAAACAACAUUAACUACAACAUCGUCGACGUUGUCGUUAUCCUUGAACCAAAACAAACUUCCGGGACCGCUGAAAUCAACAAUUAUAAGGACUGAAGCCCACCACAUCGAUGGAAGUCAUUUGAAGUCGACUCCAACUUUCAGACAACAAUCUGUUGCCUCGGUGCGUCGUUUACUGCGGACACCAAAAUGUGCCCGUUGCCGAAAUCACGGUGUUGUGUCAUGUUUAAAGGGUCACAAACGAUAUUGUAGAUGGCGCGACUGUCAAUGUGCCAACUGUCUGUUGGUUGUGGAACGACAGAGGGUAAUGGCGGCUCAAGUAGCUCUCAGAAGGCAUCAAGCAACCGAGGCGAACAGCAAUAUGAAGAACAAGGGAAAGAAUGCAGCUAACGUCCUGCAACAAAGGAAAUUACUCCACCGAAAUCUGCGGAAUUUGCAACAACAUACACUAUCUAGAGAAAUACUUUCCAGUUACCGCUCCCGACUGCAAUGUCUACCUUCUCCCGAGAGUAUUCGAGGAGUCCUGCCUUACAUGAACGAAAGAAUGCGCAAGCGGAGAUGUUUUGCUGACAAAGAACUUGAAGUAGUGAUGUACCAGAGAGAACAAGAAGCUGAAAUUGUUGCCAAAUCGAAAUCUAACAUAGGUGCAGAUGCACUUUCUGCAGUCGGCACUUUACGUUUACCUACGGUCAAUAACAAUCUGCAAAAUUAUACAGGAGAACGUCGACCUGGACCACAACAUCAAUCACAACAACAACAACAACAACAACAACAACAACAGCAACAGCAGCAACAGCAACAGCAACAACAUCAACAGCAACAGCAGCAGCAAAUUCAGCAGCAGCAACUCCAAACCCCAAAAGAAUUCUUAGGAAGAAUUUUCCCGGCCUUAAAUCCGAACCUCUUAGAACUGGUGUGGCAAGGUUGUGGCGGUAGCUUAGAGCGAGCGAUUGAACACCUAGCCACAGGUACCAAGUCAAGUCUGGUGGUUGCUUCUAACAGUGCCAAUUUUAUGAACUCUGCUGGAUAUUGUCCUGCCACCCUAAAUCAACUAAUCCAAACCUACUCCGUCCAUUACCCGUUUCACACAUCACCUUUCAAUUCAGACCACCCGAUAUAUUUUAAUUCAUCGUUGUCGCCACCAUCCCCGAUCCUUUCGUCCAUCACUAGUGUGCCUUCAGGUAGAAUUCCAUCCACUUCCCCCUCGUUGACAUCAAAGUGUCCGGAAGAUACUUUGUCUCUUUCAUCUUCAUCACCUUCGUUGCCAUCAACUAUUUCCCCUUCUGUCACUAAAGACAAACUACAAUUCCAAAGUGCGCAACAAAAAGUUAAUUACCAACUGUUGUCCUUGAAUUUGUACACAUCCACAAACCAGAAAGAUCCAGACGGAUUAGAGCAACGCAAAAGUGGUAAAAGCUACAGUGGCUGUGUUCACACAUCUACAGAAAUUUCUUCCAAAGUCAACGACGGAGUACCAGGAAAAAACGUUGAGCACAGUGGUACAAGUAGAAUGUCUCCUGGUGAGAGUGUAUCCCCUACAUGCCAGACACCGCUAGCAUUGGUUACAACUAUCGGUAAAAAUGGUCUCAGUAACAUGAGAAAACUUAUAACUACGGAAGAGCUGUUGAAAAGAAGAUCAGCUUUUCAAUGUUUAGUCAGACCAUUAAAUCGGCCGAAAGCAGCAGACAUAAACGAUAGCUACGCAGAAGGAGCAAUUAAUUCGUUUAAAAUGGAAUCUCAAACAGAAAGAACUUUUACUACUGAGCGUGCGAAGAUCCCGCUUAAGUUCUCUGUAGCUGCAUUGAUUGGCAAAUAAACUAAACUGUUCGAUAUCCUGACCUGUUUGAUAUCAUACCUCUGCACCAACCAAAACUGCUAUCAAUUGAGACAUACAGCAAACAAAUGCGUGAUCUAAACUGACAAUUAAAAUACACACACGCGCACACACCACACACACACACACACACACACACACACACACACACAUAUAUAUAUAUAUACACACAUACACACACACACACACACAUACGAUAAGUCAGCCAGUAACAUCAGAUGUUCGACGUUAAAUAGUAUUUGUCUGAAAUUGUUCUAUAUAUCAGACAGAAGAUAACUUUGGGAUUAACACUUUGUAAGCUCUAGAAAUGCCUUGUUAAAAUAGUGUUAACAUAUUUAAGACAAUCAACAUUCAAUACGUUAACAUUAACUACUUAGCUAUUAGUUUUCGUGCGGAAAGCGUAUAAGUAAUUUAUUUUGUAGUCUUGUCUCUCUAAAGCUGUCAUCACGUCUUAAAAACCAUAGAGAAGUCAUCUAAUUAAAUAUUUUGUGAAAUAGAUGAAAGGUAUAGAUGGGCUCUGUCAGCUGAAUAAAAACCCCCGGAAUUCUCUUCAGAUGAAUCGAAAUGAGCCGAAAGGAGAAGUAAAAAGAAACAAACAUGCUAGACAAUACAGACAAAUAAAUGUGAAAAUAUGAGGCAGAAUGAAGGAUUAAUUUUAUACAAUACUUAUUCCUGAUUUAGUAGUUUUAUCAAAUGCUUUGUGAUUCCCGUCAUCUCCCCGAAUUCUUUUUAGGACGCAAAUAAGUUUCCAUUUUGCAAUAUAGAAGUCGGUUGUUCAUCAAAUAAGCAGCAAUAUUCAAUGACAAUGCAGACAUACACAGAAACUGUGAUUACAAGACAUACAGGGGAAAUAUCACGCAUACACAUACUCAUAUAUACAUACACACACGUCAUAUACAUACAAUAUA